ACGGUUAUUGGAAAUGUUUUACAUGUUUUGAAAACUGUACCAAGCUUUUUGAAAUUUUGAUAUGUGACUCGCUUUUUUUUAUCUUAUUAGAAUUGCAACGAGAACAUACAAGUCGAAAAUCAUACAUAAGCCGGCGGAUAAACAAAAAUCCCUAGAGACAAAGACCAAAAGGAGGAAAACUAAUCCCUAAAAACCAGACAGCCAAAUUACCAAGAAAGGUAAAAACAACAAGAUAAACUCGCAAAAAGAAGAGAUGGAGACCAAAGCACUAAGCUGACCUAUUGUUCCAUAGAGGUUCUCACUAAGAUUUCCAAAAGAACACGUGAAGCAGCAAUAAGACUGGUAAUGCCACAAAAUUAAGACAUCUUUCUGAAGUCAAACCGCCAGGAACGAAAGCAAGAACCAAAUGAUACUAGAGAGACAACAAUCACACCAUACCAAGGCACACGAGAAGACGAAAAUAAACUAGGAACAAGGGAAGCCCUUGAGAAUCGCCAAAUGACAAGCCAAAUAAGACAAACACCUCUUGCACGCAUGCAUUUGCCGACCCAGUUUCAGCCAAAUACCCGCACCGGAAGACAACCUAAAUCGCCUCCAAACAGCCACCACCCUGACGAGUCGUCGCCUAGUCCACAACAAGAACGUCACAUAACCCGGUCAGAACCCAUCACCAGAGGCAUCCACCAACUCAAAACGACUUCAUCUUCAACUGCAAACACACAGAACACAACGGGGGAAGACAAAAGGAAACAAUUCCAUAUCGUGACAAACACUGACAUAGCUUCAACUGACAAAACCAGAUCAAGAUCUGGAAAUCAAUCAAAACCCCAGCCGCAUAUACAGCCAAAAUUGAAACAAAGCCUAAAAACGGGAGCUGCCAACAACAUAGAGACCAACCUCCGAAACAGAUAUAGAAGAGAAAUUGGUCCCCGCACUCCCCAACACCAUCAACCCUACAACCAUAUCACCAUAAAAACGAGAAGGAAGAAAUCUACAGACGAAAUUAAACAAAGACGCACAAGGCCAGAAUCAGUGCUAAGGUAGCCACCGCAUUCUAGCCUCAAAACUGCAAAACCUCUUUAGACGGCGGCUGGUUUUGCGAGAGAGAAAACUAGGUUUUUUUUUGUUUUUUUGAGUUACUUACUCGCUUACAUGAGUAACUUUUUUUUUCUUCGAAAAAACUUAUCUCCGCUUUACGUCGAACUUGAAUCUUUGCUAGGGGCAAUGGAAUGCAUGAUCAGCAUUGGCGAUACAGAUACCUUUGCUACCGAUUGCGCAGAUUUGAUCUCUCUCGUUGAUCACCAAGACGAUUGACCAACUUUUGCAACGGAAUUGGCCUCUUUUUGGUAUUUAGUUUGUUUUUUCUCUUCUUUCAGCAUUAGCUCGUAGUUUUAAUACUCGAGCAGAUUGUUUAGCUAAGAACUCUCGAAAUCGUAAUUGCCUUUUCUCUCAUGUAAGCAAAUUGGUUCAUGAAUGACUUUUUGUAGAAUAGAGUAUAUUUCCUAUAAUCUUAUUAUAU